CACUUGGUUUGUUCAUGGAGUGGAGUUGGAAGGUUACUGAAUGAAUGUGGAUAUAGGAUGGCAAAAAUGGCAAUUGCUGCGACUUGGAAUCUGAGUUCAUCAAGGUGUUCGCCAUUUAUACUCAAUCAUCCGUUCUUCAGCAGGCUUCACUACCCUUCACUUAACAUCUCCUUUUCCUUUCACCACUACCCACCUCUUCAUUUACGAAGAAGCUCGUGUAUUGUUCAUGCCAAGAAGAAAAGUCCACAAUCCGAACCACCUCUUCUCAAACCGACAAUUGUUGAAGAAGUGACUCUGGAUGAAGAAGAAGAAGUGGUUUUUGAUGAGUUAGAAGAUGAGGGUUUUAUGGACGAUGAUGAUUAUUUUGAGGAUGAAUAUGCUGUGGAGAAUUCUGAACUCCAUAUUGGGGAUGGAGGUGAAGGAGGUGGAAUUUCUCUUGCUGGUACAUUGUGGGACAAACAAGCAUUAGCCAUAGCUGAAGAAGUUUCUUUGUCAUUUGAUGGUGACUUGAGAAUCUAUGCAUUCAAGACAUUUGUGAACUCUACCAUUAAAGUGCGCAUUGAAAAGCUUUCCAAUAAGUAUGGUUCUCCCAGCAUGGACGACAUUGAAACUUUCUCCACAGCAUAUAGAGCACGGUUGGAUGAAGCUGAGCUUGCUGGAUCCAUACCUCAGGAAAUAUUUCUGGAGGUGUCUUCUCCUGGUGUUGAAAGGAUUCUUCGCAUUCCAGAAGAUCUCGACCGGUUCAAGGAUCGGCCAAUGUAUGUAAAGUAUGCCACUGAGGUCGUAGCUGCAGGCUCAUUGACAGAAAGUGAUGGUGUUUUCAGGCUUGUUUCUUUUGAUCUGGAGACUUGUUGUUGCACAUGGGGUUUGGCAGAUGUGAGGAUAAAUAGAGAUAAAGCAGGGAAAGGAAGACCACUAAGCAAAAAGCAACGAGAGUGGCGGUUGAGCACACCCUUUGACUCAUUGCGUCUAGUUCGGUUGUAUUCUGAGAUUUGAAGCUAGGGUCACUUAGGGGGUGUAUGUGUAAGUAUUUUUGUAGUUACAAUCAAACACAUAGAAUUAAUAAUAUUUUGACAAAAUUUAGUCUCUGUUUUUGCACUUAAUUCCCUGUUGGGCAUUGCUGCUUUCACCCUCUCCUUGGCUUUAUGUAGUCAUGUGUCUAAGGAUCCUGAAAAGAUAAAACAAGAUUUUCUGUUCCCAAUUGAAAAGGUUAUGUUAUCUUCAA